AUGCUUAUUGGCUAUCCACCGUUUUGCUCUGAAACCCCUCAAGAAACAUAUCGAAAGGUUGUGAAUUGGCAACAAACACUAGUUUUCCCUCCAGAAAUGCCAAUUAGUGUGGAUGCAAAAACGACCAUCAAGCGAUUUUGUUGUGAACCUGAACGACGAAUGGGUCACAAUGGGGGAUUGGAAGAAAUAAAGCAGUGCAUAUUCUUCAGACGUAUCGAUUGGAACCAUAUUAGAGAGCGCCCUGCACCCAUCAGGGUAGAGGUGAAGAGUAUCGACGAUACUAGCAACUUCGAUGACUUCCCAGACGUCGACCUUCGAUGGCCUGUUGUGAGUGUUCCACAAAAACCUGAAGAACAACCUGGUCAUCGUGGAGAAUUUGUUGACUUCACCUACAAGCGAUUUGAUGGCCAUACGCAGAAAAUGCGCUAUAACGAAAUGCACAAGGUACGUGUUUGA